AUGGUAAUGACUGGCGAACAAAAAGUUGAGGUUAAUCAGAGGAACUUGAUCGAUAAGGUUUUGGCAAGAUAUUCGGCAGAGUUCGUGAUAUAUAGGGAAUUGAUGCAGAAUUCAGACGAUGCCCAGGCCAAAACCGUCCAAAUAACAUUUGAAACCGACAAGUCAAAAAAAUGCAGACGAAUCAUAUUCAAGAAUAAUGGUUUCCUGUUUCGAGAUGAAGAUUGGAACAGGUUGAAAAAAAUCGCAGAGGGAAAUCCUGAUGUAGAAAAGAUUGGAGCAUUUGGAGUCGGAUUUUAUUCGUUGUUUUCAAUUUGUGAAGAGCCAUUCAUUUCGUCAGGUACACAAGGUAUGGCCUUUUAUUGGCGCAAUGAUCAGUUAUUUUCCAAAAUGGGUGGUAUAAAACAAGAUGACAUGAUUUGGACAACUUUUCUAAUGGAUACACGAAGAAAAGAAAAUUUACCUAAUAUAGGAUAUUUUGGACGUUUCUUAGCCACAUCAUUGGGCUUUACAAGAAAUCUUCGUAAAGUCAUUGUUUAUUUUAAUGAUACAGAAGUAAUUCAUCUGACAAAAGAGACCAAUAAAUCACUUUCAAUUAAUAUGGAUAUUGGACUAAACAAAUUUUCGCCAAAGAAUAUGUUCCGAUUAAAAUCUGUUGAUGUAUGUAAUGUUCGACUACAUUUUAGAGGAUUAAUUGGUCCUGAAAAAUCACAAAUAUCACAAUCCACUUCUCUGAAGAUUGCAUGUGGUAAUCUGGGUGUAGAUGUGUCUAAAUCUUUUAGUGAAGAGAUGGAAUUUGCUACUAAAAAAAAACCACCAAAUAACACAACAAUACAAAUGAUUUUUACUGGACACGAUGAACGCAAUUUGCCAGGAAAUUCUAAUAAAGAAAUAUUAAAUAUUUUUAAAGACCUAACACCAUUUCCUGAUCAAGGUAGAAUAUUCAUUGGAUUUCCAACCCAUCAAACCACAGGUUGUUCUGUGCACUUGGCAGCUCGAGUGAUUCCCACAGUUGAACGUGAAUCAAUAGAUUUAGUACAUAAGACUUUAUCAGUGUAUAAUAAGGAGAUGUUAUGUUCAGCCGGAAUUUUGGCUCGUAUAGUGUAUGAUGAUGAAAUGAAUCAAAUUUCAAGGCUAUGUAUGGAUAUUGACCCAAAAUUAUUAAACUCUGAUGAUAAACAAGAUAAAAAAGGUUUUGAAUAUUUACAGGAAUGUUCUGUACACAUUUUACAACACUUUACAUUCAAAACAAGCACGCCUAAUAAUAUGGUUGCAAAGAUCAUUGAAUCUCAAUUUUUUGACUGCACAAAAAAAUCGCUACAAAUUUUAUCUACUCAUGGUGUUCUGCCAAUUAAUUCCGUGCGGAUUCCAAAUAAAGAGGUGGUUUCAUUUAUCAAAACAAUUCCUAUGGUCCCAUUCUCAUUGUUUACCGAGUGUUCGGAAUUUUUCACAAUAGCAAAAGAUAUUCUGAAAUGCAUUAGUGAGAUUUCAAUGGAUGAUGUGUUCGAGGAACUAAAAAGACGUCAAUUUAAUAACAAAGAAUUAUCAGAUUUGUUCAAGUGGUGGAUAGGGUAUCGUUCCAAAAAUGAUAUAACCGAUGAACAAUUUCGUAAAUUUAUGUGCCUCGUUUCUAUAGGAGACGAUCUUACACCUCUUAAUCAUAUUCGCUACUUCCUAAACCCACAUGUUAUUCCACCAACUAUUGAAGUUCCACCAGAUGUUUUACCUUACUCUAUUAGUAAACCAUUACGAAAAGAAGACUUGGAGGCUCAUUUUGGAAAUUGGACUGAGCUUACCAUCUUGACGUGGACUCAGUAUAUUUUUACAAAACCUGGAAUAGAUGAUCCUGAUUUUGCAGAAAAAAUUUUGAGAAUCAUUUCGCAUCAAUUUAAAAACUUGUCAAAGUCUGACCUCAAAGCAAUAAAAAAAAUCAUGGCUAAAAAGAGAUGCAUUCCAACAGUAUCUGGUAUGAAAUUACCUAAAGAAUCUUACUUUCCAGAUGUCAAGUUAUUACCUGAUCUGCCGAACGUUAAUUUAAAACAACACAAAACAAAAAACCUCGACGAGUUUUUAUUGUUUAUUGGCGUGAAAAAACAUGUUGAGUUGCAACUUGUGUUUGAUCAACUUUUUAAUAAAGGAAGUUGGGAUCAUAUGGAGUUAAUAAAAUAUUUGACCUCAAUUGACCUUGGAUGUGACGAUAUAGAAAAAUUGGAAACUUCGGUAAUAUGGCCAAUUGAAUCUGGAAACGAAACCCAAAAAUUUACGGCAAAAGAAUUAUAUGCACCAUUGCCCAAAUUAAUUGAACUUGAAUUACCCAUCAUCAAAUGGAAAGGCCGAUUUUAUAAAAAUACUAAAGAAGGCAAAUUUAUCUUAAAACUUGGUCUACGUGAAUAUCCACCACUCGAUGAAAUUCUUAAACUGGCAUCGAAUUCUCCUAUUCGUCAAAAAGCAUUUGAAUAUUUUCUUGAUAAUUUUAGAGAUAAAUAUGCUAAAGAUUAUGAUGCAAGGUCAAUAAAUGUGCCAUUUCUGCCGUGCAUGGAUCCAAAUGUUUAUUCAGAACCCUCAAAAUGUUUUUUUAAUCCUGAAUGUGCAAUAAUGGGAUUUAAUGUACUACGCAAAGAUUUACGUUGUAGAGCUGAAGAAUUGGGUGUAGUGCAAAAUCCAGAUCACUCGCAGUUGUCGGAUAAACUAAUCAAAGAGCUUCCAGAAAAUGAAGAAAAGGCUAAGCUGGUUUUUGAAUUUUUAUUUUCAUGCACAUCUAGUUCAGACUCGACUGCUUUUAGUAAAUUGAAAUUUAUUCCAACCCGUGACAAAGAUCUACCUAAUACAUUCAAAUACAAUCUUCCACAAGAUUGUUUUUUCAUGAACUCUGAAGAAGAAAGGUAUGUUGUAUUCUUUGGAAAAAAAUAUUCAAGACUUUCCAAAAGAUUGGAAACCUUUGAUGAGAACAUUAGUCAUUAUUUCGAAAAAUAUAAAAUAGAAUAUAAAUUUGAUGUGAGUCCUGAAUACUUUCAACCCUAUCUCAAAGUUGAAUUGGACUCGGCCGUUGAGAUUAAUGAACUUUAUAAUUGUGAUUGUGAUGAAAAUGCAUCAAAUAUUUCAUCUAAUCAAUUAUUGUUAAAAACUAAAUCUUCGGAUUCAUAUGAUGGAUUUAAAUUGGUUUCAUCGAAAAAAGCACUUGAUGAAUUUUUAAAAUUUAAUGCUGAAUUAAUUUCAAUGAAAAAAUUUCAAUAUGUUAAUGCUAUUGCAAUGUCAAAAAUAUUGAAAAAACAUGAUAAAAAAACUUGUCUCACUGCAAGUCCAAAUUUCCUUGAAUUUAUCAAAGAUGAUUUUGAUCCAAUGAAAAACAUUUCAAAAUCGCUCUUUUUCUUAAUUCAAAAUCAAUUAAUCACCAUUAUACCACAACCUGAAGAUUAUUCUUGUAUAAUUUGUACAUUUGUUUACUGGAAACCAAUUAGAUUAUGUUGUGGCCAUGUGUUUUGUGUACGUUGUUUAAUUAAAUCCGAGGCUAAGGGAAUGAAAGAUUGUCCUGUUUGCCGUGAAAAAGGUGCAAUACGUAAGGCUGAUGCAGGCAAUAUUGAUAAAUCUUUAAUGAAUUUUUUGAAAUUAUAUUUUCCAAAAGAAGUCAAACAAAAAAUUUCAAAUGAUGAAUUAGAAGAAAUAGAUUUAAUAAUGAAUAGAAGAAUUUCACAAUGA